AUGGCGCCGUUUCCUGGGUCUGAUGCCGACUAUUUUAAAGACAAGGCCCGCAGGGACCUGCUAAAUCUCCUCGAAGGCGUUCGCGGAAAGAAGAAUUUGGUCAUUAGCCAGGGCCUUGCUGGGCCUGUUGGCCUCUUUGUCAAGUUUUCGCAGCUUCAGGAGUACGGCGUAGAUCGUGUGUUCCUGCUUGAGAAUGGAAAUGUCGACUCCUCCCUGCGCAAUGUCGUAUUUCUAGCUUAUGCCGAAAAGAUCCGCCAGGUGCGGGCUGUGGCAGAGCAGAUCCAGCGGCUGCAACGCGACAGCAGUAUAGACCAUGAAUUCUCCAUAUUUUGGGUUCCAAGACGGACCCUUGUAAGCAAUAACAUCCUCGAAAGUACAGGAAUAAUCGGAGAUGUGAACAUUGCCGAGCUGCCUCUUUACUUUUUCACCUUGGAGCAGGAUGUGCUUUCCCUGGAAUUGGAGGACGCUUUCUCUGACUUGUACUUGCACAAAGAUCCUGGGUGUGUUUUCCAUUCGGCGAAGGCACUCAUGGAUAUUCAACAGAGGCAUGGUUAUUUCCCUCGGAUAGUAGGAAAGGGGGACCAUGCUCGACGGCUUGCCGAUCUUUUGCUGCGGAUGAGAAAAGAGCUUGAUACAGAAGAGAGUUCCGGUCUAACAGGACUCUCUCCCCGAGGCCUCCUGCCAAGUGCAGAAAUCGAGAGUUUGGUCGUCAUUGACCGAGAGGUGGACUUUGCGACACCUCUUCUCACCCAGCUAACGUAUGAAGGGCUAAUCGAUGAGCUGGUGGGGAUCAAACAUAACCAGGCGGAUGUUGAUACGUCAAUCACAGGGGCAAACCCAACUCCCCAGGCCCAAGAAUCUUCUAAAGCCUCGCAGCAGUCCAAGCAGGGCCAAAAACGGAAAAUCCAGUUGGAUGCUUCUGACCAGCUGUUCGAUCAACUGCGCGACGCGAAUUUCGCCAUAGUUGGUGACAUUCUGAAUAAGGUUGCCCGUCGCCUGGAAACGGACUAUGAGACCCGUCAUACAGCGAAGACGACGACCGAGCUCCGUGAGUUUGUGAACAGAUUACCGACAUAUCAGCUCGAGCAUCAGAGUCUCAGAGCCCACACCAAUCUUGCCGAAGAAAUUAUGAGGAAUACCCGCUCAGACACUUUUCGUAAGAUCCUGGAAGUUCAGCAGAACGAUGCCGCAGGCGCCGACCCAACCUAUCAACACCCUAUAAUUGAGGAACUUAUUGCGCGGGAUGUUCCACUGAAGACUGUGCUUCGUUUACUCUGUCUCGAAUCUUGCAUGUCGGGUGGCUUGCGACCUAAGGACCUCGAAAACUUCAAGCGACAAGUCGUGCAAGCGUACGGGCACCAACACCUCCUAACAUUCAGUGCUCUGGAGAAGAUGGAGCUCUUACAACCUCGUUCGUCCGCCGCUGCAGUGCUGAUACCUGGCAGCGGAGCUCAAACGGGCUCCAAGACGAACUAUUCCUACCUCAGGAAGAACCUCCGUUUGGUUGUUGAAGAAGUCAGUGAAAAGGAUCCGGAAGAUGUUGCCUACGUCUACAGCGGUUUUGCCCCACUCAGCGUCCGUCUUGUCCAAUGCAUCUUGCAAAAAUCAUAUCUCAUGUCUCUCAUAAAGGGAGGACCAACUACACAUGCAAACACAGCAUCUCCUGGUUGGCUUGGGUUCGAGGAUGUGGUCAAGAGUGCGCGUGGUUCGACUUUUAGUGUCGUCCAGAAAGGAGACGAUAAAGCAGUUCGUGCGCGGCAGACGCUGAGUGGUAGCAACGCAACAAAAACCGUCCUUGUGUUCUUCCUGGGAGGGAUCACAUUUACUGAGAUUGCAGCAUUACGGUUCAUUGCGGCUCAAGAGGCUCCUCAACGGAAGGUUGUGAUAUGUACGACGGGUGUAAUUAGCGGUGACCGCAUGAUGGACGCGGCGAUCGAGAAGGGAGAUUUUACUUUGGCCUAG